GUGCCUUUCAGCGAUGUCGUGUCGAAUUUUGACACAUGCCAAUCUUAUUUUAUUUCCCGAAUGACAGCCAGUGCAUUAUUUCCUUCGUUCUCGAUACAGGCAUAGUUAUGGAGGAUAGUAUGAGUGUUAAGUCUAUGGAAUCAGUGGCUAUAAGCGACGAAUAUGAAUUUGUAAAUGACAAAUGUACGGGUAAAGAACAGCAAACUCUAUUUGAACCACCUAUGCUCAAAAUUGCCAACAACGGCAACCUGGAAGAUCUUCAAAACAAUUUGCGCGAGGUUCUAACAGAGGACUCCAAAAUGAAGAGUAACGACUAUAAAAUUGUGAGCACUGUACAACAAAAUCAAUCAAAACCAAAAAAAGUGGGAAACAGUCAAUUCUAUGAUGUAAGCUCUUGUGUGGUUGCAUCGGAAAAACAAGACAUUAUGAAACCAGAAGAUUAUGUUGAUGGAGAAAUAAAUUCAUUAGCCCCAGGCCUACAAGAGUGUACUAUCUUCAAUGGCGUAACAUACUUGGGAAGCACCACAAUAAAUGCACCAAAAAUGGAAUGCGAGAUACAGCGAAACAUGAAUGUACUAAAUGCAGAACAGACCCUUAAUCUAGGAAUCAAAGUAUCGGUUUCUGUGCCUAGUAGUUCUCAAGGUUCUGUUGGUUUGUAUGAUGCUGCUACACAACAGCCAAUCGCGCACUACGAAGUGCAACGCAUCUUAUUUUAUGCACGUGGCGAGAGUAGCGGACCAUGUGCAGCAUGUUUCGCUUUCACUUGGUCUCAUGGGGAUACAUUGGAGUCUGCCAUCUAUCAGUGUCAUGUUUUUCGAUGUGAUAUACCAGAGGCGGUGGGACAAGUUUCCGCUUGCUUUUCUAAAGCAUUUCACAGAAUACCACGGUCCAUGACCAGUUCUCUAACUGGAAGCGAUUUCAAUGGUUUCAAUAAUGGAAGCGAGAAAUCCAAUUCGCGAGUAUUUAUUUUUGAAGUAACUAUGGAAAUAAAAGAAGAUGAUGGAAAGGGAAGCUUCAGCACAGUUCCUAAGGACCGAAAUUGCUUCAAACUACGGAGUAACGUUACUAAACAAGUGUGUUUAAGUAUUCAGCAAGUAUCCAGUAAAGAGGGAGGGAUUACCCUUGAAGUUGAGAGGUGCUUCGGAGUUCUUGUUAGUCCUGGUCGCAAUGUUAAGCAUAGCGACAUGAGAUUGCUUGAAAUGCAAGUGAAUGCCGGUCCAUUGAUACAAGAUAAGCAAUGUUACAACAUAUGUGGACACUGGGAUCCUGCAGAUCCAGCAUUGGAAACUCUAAACGUAGAAACUCCUAGAGAGGGAAAGAUCUACAUAACAGUUGCCGUUGAUCUAGUGAUACGCGGCAUUCGGGAACCCGUUAGAUUUAUAAUAGAAACGUUGGUCAAAGUGUAUCCGCAGAACGAAAGGUUCUGGUAUUUUAACAAGCGAAACCUUGUACAACAAUUCUAUCUGAGCUCGAAAGAGAUAAUAUCCGGGGAUGGAGCAGAAGUUCACUAUGAAGUUCAAAAUAUAGAGACCUCGGGAGAAUUAGACAGAAACAGAUUGAAUCUUGCUCUCAACUUAGCGUCACUGAUACGUUCACCCUCUUUGACCAGCAUCGAUACACUCACGCCCAAGGAAGAAAUAGAUUCAGAUGGCGACGAACCAAUGCUGAGUGGUACAGGCGAAGUGUCCAAGGACUGCUCCGCGGACGAGCUAGCAAGUUGGGCUGAGGUCUUGGACGGUUGGCAAGUCAACGAACAACGUCCGAAGCUUCUGGUAAAGCUGACAAGACAAGGCAUACCGGAAGCUCUGCGCGGAGAAGUGUGGCAACGUCUAAGCAACUGCGACAACUCGCAAGAAAUGAUGGAUAGAUAUAGGACCUUGAUUACCAAGGAGAGCAGUUGCGAGAGCGUCAUUCUGAGAGACAUCAACAGAACGUUUCCCGCCCAUGAUUUUUUCAAAGAGACCGGCGGCCUCGGACAGGACUCUUUGUACAGAAUAAGCAAAGCAUACGCGGUGUACGACGAGGAAGUUGGAUACUGUCAGGGACUCAGUUUUCUAGUUGCUAGUUUGCUGCUUCAUAUGCCGGAGGAGCAAGCUUUUUGUGUUCUAGUUAAAUUAAUGUACGACUACGGUCUAAGGGAUUUGUAUAAGGACAGAUUCGACAAUCUUCACAUGAGGUUCUAUCAGCUUAAUAGAUUGAUAGAGGAUCAGUUGCCAGAACUUUAUAAACAUUUUUGCGACCGUGGCGUGGAGACUCACAUGUUCGCCGCACAAUGGUUUUUGACUCUCUUUACAGCCAGAUUUCCACUUUAUCUUGUUUUCCAUAUUCUGGAUGUGUUUCUCCUGCAAGGACUCGACACGCUGUUUCAGGUCGCUCUCGCGUUGUUAAUGCUAUGUAAAAAGGAACUGCUUCAGCUGGACUUCGAGAGUAUAUUGAAAUACUUUCGGGUACAUCUGCCAAAACGUUGUCGAAACGAAGAAGUCUCGCGCUACGUAAUGAAGUUAGCCUGCUCGGUCACGUUAAAGAAACUGAAGAAGUACGAGGCCGAGUUUAUGACGUUGAAAGUGGCCCAAGAGAAUGCAGACGAGUACAGCAACGAGGUGGAACAGCUGAGAGGAACGGUGGCGAGGAAUGAAGAGGAGAAACAGCGAUUGGAAGCAGAACUCGCACAAGUGAAGGAAAUGCUGCAGAGGGAAGUGGCGAGGGCGGACGCGGAGAACACGCGGAGCAACGUCAUCAUUGCUGAAUACAAACAGAUCUGCCAACGCCUAGAAGAUAACUACAACGCCGCCAAGUCCAGCCUUAACGUGCUACGGGUAAUGGUGUCGAAAUGCGAGAAAUGCAGGAGUUGCGUCCCGCUGGAGUCUUCCAAUGUGCUAGCGGACAUCUCGCAUCCGCUGGAGAACAGAAUAGAUCCCACCUUGCACAGAGUACAAGAGAGAGUUAGGGAGCUGGAGUUGGAGUUGGCACAGACCAAAUUGGCUCAUGUCGAAGCUGAAUGUAGAAAUCAGGACUUGACGCACCAGCUGCACGCGACUGCAUCCGAGCUGCAAGCAGCCAGAAACAGUUGGCCCUGGCUGAGCAAGACACUGUCGACGCUUAAGGAAGCGGCGAACAAAAGGGAGGUGAUGAAGGAUCCUUCUCUGAUGAAGGAUCUGAGGCGCGAGAGCGCGCCUGGAGGCGAAGUUUAUCACCUGAUUCGUUCGCGCUAUCGCGAUGCUCGUGAUAAGGAGGUCGUGUGAUGCGACGAUGACGAAAAAGCGAACGCGUUGCCGCGGAAUAACGACGGAGACGACGAAAAGCGGAGUAACCCGUCGUUGUUCGUGGCAGGCAACGCGAACUGUUCGUAAUCAAUGGGAGAAAAGCUGUUUGCCAGAUGCAGACUCGAAUAUGCAACGUACGUCCAAGAUUCGCACGUAGAUUCAGCUUGGUCCGACGCGGGACACGUUAUAGUUUUCGUCUCGGGUUCCUUACACACGCUUCUAGCGGGGGCAGCUUCGUCAUCCUGAUAACGCUGACAUAUUCGGUCUUUGAGAUAUUACUUGUUCAAGUUUGUUAACUCUCUUCUUUCCUAGAGUAUACUCAUUUUUAGGUGGAUCUGUUUUUUUUUUGUACACCGUUCGAAAUCCGUCUCGAAGCGCUUCAACGAGACGUUCCGCGAGUAAUUUAGGGUGCGCUGUAGUUGAUGAGGCGAGAAUGAGAACGAUCGAUGGAGAAUGUAGGGCGUGAGGUCACGGGCGAAACGAUGGAAGUUACAUGAUAGAUGUUAGCGAUAAGUACACACCGCGUUUUGUAUGAAACUAGUCUAAGAUGAGAACUAUAGAGGCGCUAUAGGGUUCUACACUGUACAUAAACACGGUACACUCGGCCGAUUAACGGGCACGGCAAGCUGCAGAGGCAUUUCUUUUUACGGUUCUCUCUGUAUCGGUCCAUGACACGACAACAUUCCAAAGUACAAUGCUACUAGGUUCUUCUUAUUCUCUUUUUUAAUUUAACCCGAACCGGCUGCCGAUUUCACGGCUAACUUUGAACUGUCGUGAAUACCGUUAAGCUACCGAAUUGUGGUACAAUUUCGUGGUGUUACAUUUCUUUUUAUACGUACGCUAACACGUUACCUACCGGAAGUGGUUUUAGUACACAGUUCAGGAAAUUGGGACACAUGUAAACCUUGUGAUUGUACUUUUUGUCUUUAAUUUAGAAUGUGAUCGUUUUGAGGAAAUGCUUUUGAACACAACUGAGGAUUCACUUCUAAAAUUUUCUUAAUGAUAAUUGUUUUUACCGACAUCCGGUAGAUGAAGCGUUAACAGUAAAGUGAAAUAACGUAAUGUAAUGUGAAAACGUAUCCAGCGUUAUUCUUUCCGAUAAAUACUCGUGAGCGCGUGUAUUAUUUUUUACAUUCGCGGCGCUCUGUUUCCAGUACUCUUUGCGAAGCAAGAAAGGCCAUAAAUUCUAUGUUAAGGCACUAAGUCGAAUCAGGAUUCGAUCGAACACGCUUCCACGACACGAAGAGCGAAACGGCGGAACGCUCGAAAGCACAUUUGUUAGACCGUCGAGUAGCGAUUAGUGCCAUUUUGUUCGGUGGAACAUCAAUUCGUUUUCGGAUCGCCCUUCAUCGAGCACUAUACACAUGAUGUUCAACGUAUCGUGCCAUGAUCGUGGCGACGACAACCCCUUAUAUCCUAUUUCAUUUCACCGAAUUCUCAUUUUGGAAAUAUGCAACAAAUACUUUGUCGGUUCAAAUCUAUAGGAGAAUUGAGAACAAAAGUUUUAUGGUCACUUUAGCGACUCAUACAGUAGCUGAACAAUAGUCCUGCAUCUUAUAUAAAACAAAGGGAUUAUACUGUAAAUACUGAAAACGUGAAAAAAAAACAAAUAAUAUCUAUAUGGUUAAGCUACUAAAAAGAUCAUGUAAAUGAUUUAGGAUUACUACCUAUGUAUCUCUGUACACCUUGUAAUGUCAUUCCACUAUUAUUGAAAUAAAGAAACAAACCAUAUCUGUCUAUCUUGGCGUUUGGUACAAUACCUACGCAGACACAGUGACAUAUUUAAGAGAUGUAAAGUCAAAUGAUUUUUGAGAGGAUGCGGUUUGUUUAGAAGAUA